UUAUAUAAUGGUAGCGUCCUGACAAAGUGGCACCAUUGAAUCACCGACUGUCAGAAUCACACGACACUCCGUCACAUCUAUUCACCGAAAGAAUGAGAUCCUACACACUUGUAUUCGUUGCCCUUGCGAUCAUCCUCCUUUACACUGAAUAUACAUAUGCAAAAGAAAUAUGUCCACAAGAAAACUGUGUUACACUUGAACGUUGCGAUGAAUCGAUCAAAGGUGAUGUUCUCUGUCAUGAACAAGGUACAUCAUGCUGCAGUGUAGUGAAAACAGAAUUCAGAACUCAUUGCCGUCACCAUGGUGGAAUCUGUAUGGACUCUUGUCCUUCGGUUUUAAAACGCGAUGUAGUUGAUUGCACAGGCAAUCAAGUCUGUUGUGUUUUGGUCUAAAACGGACUAAAUUAUUAACAAUGAUCCAAAAUAUUAUCUCGCUCAGAUUACUUACAUGUCCUAGUUUAAUUAUAAUAAAAUAUCAAAAUAAUAAUUUAAUGUUCAAUAUAUUCUUAAUUUUCUAACAACAAGAAAUAUAUGUAAUAUAAUUAUUAUUUUAUAAAAUUUAUUUUUCUGUAUUAAAAAUAAGCAUACAUUUUUUUUCAAUAUGUAUUACAACAUGCGAGAAAAUCUUAUUGGAUUUGUAUAAUUAUAACAAAACUGGAUCUAAAAAACGAAAAAUUUAUAAGAAAAUGAAAUAUGUAUCAGUCACAAAUAGUAUCUUACAAAGCAAAUUUGUUAUGAGUAUAAUUAUAUCUAUCACUUUCAUAUAAAUCACUUACUUUGAAGAUUUCUUAAAUUUCUACAAA